AUGAAGAUGGGACUCACCACAGGUUUUUAUAAAUCUACUCCUACAUACUGUAAAACUGCGACUUGGAGGAGAUUCCUCAGAUGUUGUCAGAGAUGUUGUUAUGAAAAACAAGUUUUAAUGACUUUACAAACUGCUCCAGCUCCUUCAAGUUGAAUGGGUCAUACCACAGAUUCUCAAUUGGAUUGAGGUCUGGGCUUUGACCAGGCUAUUCCAACACAUUUAAAUGUUUCCCCUUAAACCACUUGAGUGUUGCUUUAGCAGUAUGCUUAGGGUCAUUGUCCUCCUGGAAGGUGAACCUCCAUCCCAGUCUCAAAUCUCUGGAAGACGGAAACAGGUUUACCUCAAGAAUUUCCCUGUAUUUAGCGCCAUACAUCAUUCCUUCAAUUCUGACCAGUUUCCCAGUCCCUGCCUAUUAAAACAUUUACAUUUUAGUCAUUUAGCAGACGCUCUUAUCCAGAACGACUUACAGUUAGUGAGUGCAUACAUUUUCAUACUGGCCCCCCGUGGGAAACGAACCCACAACCCUGGCGUUGCAUGCGCCAUGCUCUACCAACUGAGCUACAGGGGACUAACAUUCCCACAGCAUGAUGCUGCCACCACCAUGCUUCACUGUGGGGAUGGUGUUCUCGGGGUGAUGAGAGGUGUUGGGUUUGCGCCAGACAUAGCGUUUUCCUUGAUGGCCAAAAAGCUCAAUUUUAGUCUCAUCUGACCAGAGUACCUUCUUCCAUAUGUUUGGGGAGUCUGCCAACACCUCUUGGUUAGUGGUGUUGCAGACUCUGGGGCCUUUCAGAACAGGUGUGUAUAUAUACACUGAGAUCAUGUGACACUUAGAUUGCACACAGGUGGACUUUAUUUAACUAAUUAUGUGACUUCUGAAGGUAAUUGGUUGCAACAGAUCUUAUUUAGGUGCUUCAUAGCAAAGGGGGUGAAUACAUAUGCACGCACCACUUUUCCGUUAUUUAUUAUUUAGAAUUUUUUAAACAAGUAAUUUUUUUCAUUCCACUUCACCAAUUUGGACUAUUUUGUGUAUGUCCAUUUACAUGAAAUCCAAAUAAAAAUCCAUUUAAAUUACAGGUUGUAAUGCAACAAAAUAGGAAAAAUGCCAAGGGGGAUGAAUAAUUUUGCAAGGCCUGACACAAAAUGUAGAAAUAGUAGCUUACUUUGACAACAAUUCAGUGAAUGCAGCAAGUAUUAGAUAGAGACAGAUAAAAAAAAAACUGUUCAGAGACAAUUUUAAAAAGUACACCAUUUCCCUAUAAGAUUUGUAGGACAAAUUCAUGUCACACUGUCACUUGAGUGUUUGCAUUUAGCCUACAACAUGCCAUGAAACUUCUUGAAGCAUGGCCCUAUCCUACAUAGUGGCACAAAAUGUAAAAAUAGUACAUCAAUUCAGUAAAUGCAACAAGUAUUAGAUCGAGAAAGAUUCAGAGAAAAAAUCCAGAGAAAGAAAUCUAAAUGCACCCACACAAAGUAGGCAAUUGCAUUGACAAAUAUUCGUACUUCUGUAACGAAGAAAAUAGCAGCCUACUUUGACAAAAAUUCAGUGAAUUGGACUCCCAACACUUUUUAAAAGGCUGUGUGGUAUAUGGAUGAAUGAUGGGACUUGGGGCAGACACACUCCAUGGAAACGUUCCCCUCAGGGGUGUGCUCUCCCUCUUACUCUCCCACUGCUUCCUCCUCUCCCUCUGCUUCCUCCUGACCAUCUUCCUCCUCCUCCUCCUCCUGGACACACCUACUCAUUCAAGGGUUUUUCUUUAUUUUUACUAUUUUCUACAGCCUGGAGGUGUGUUGGGUCAUUGUCCUGUUGAAAACAAAUGAUAGUCCCACUAAGCCCAAACCAGAUGGGAUGGCGUAUCGCUGCAGAAUGCUGUGGUAGCCAUGCUGGUUAAGUGAAUUCUAAAUAAAUCACAGACAGUGUCACCAGCAAAGCACUCCCACACCAUAACACCUCCUCCUCCAUGCUUUACGGUGGGAACUACACAUGCGCGAUCAUCCGUUCACCCACACCGCGUCUCACAAAGACACGGCAGUUGUAACCAAAAAUCUCAAAUUUGGACUAAAGGACACAUUUCCAACGGUCUAAUGUCCAUUGCUUGUGUUUCUUGGCCCAAGCAAGUCUAUUCUUCUUAUUGUUGUCAUUUAGUAGUGGUUUCUUUGCAGCAAUUCAACCAUGAAGGCCUGAUUCACACAGUCCCCUCUGAACAUUUGAUGUUGAGAUGUGUCAGUUACUUGAACUCGGUGAAGCAUAUAUUUGGGCUGCAAUUUCUGAGGCUGAUAACUCUAAUGAACUUAUCCUCUGCAGCAGAGGUAACUCUGGGUCUUCCAUUCCUGUGGCGGUCCCCAUGAGAGACAGUUUCAUCAUAGCGCUUGAUGGUUUUUGCGACUGCACUUGAAGAAACUUUCAAAGUUCUUGACAUUUUCCGGAUUGACUGACCUUCAUGUCUUAAAGUAAUGAUGGACUGUCGUUUCUCUUUGCCUAUUUGAGCUGUUCUUGCCAUAAUAUGGACUUGGUCUUUUACCAAAUAGGGAUAUCUUCUGUAUACCACUCCACCUUGUCACAACACAACUGAUUGGCUCAAACGCAUUAAGAAGGAAAUACAUUCCACAAAUAUACUUUUAACAAGGCACACCUGUUAAUUGAAAUGCAUUUCAGGUGACUACCUCAUGAAGCUGGGUGAGAGAAUGCCACGAGUGUGCAAAGCUGUCAUCAAGGUAAAGGGUGGCUAUUUGAAGAAUCUCAAAUAUGAAAUAUAUUUUGAUUUGUUUAACACUUUUUUGGUUAAUACAUGAUUCCAUAUGUGUUAUUUCAUAGUUUUGAUGUCUUCAAUAUUAUUCUACAAUGUAAAAAUAGAAAAAAUAAAUAAAAACCCUUGAAUGAGUAGGUGUGGCCAAACUUUUGACUGGUAGUGUAUAUGUCGGUCUGAUGGAUAAUCAGUCAGGAUACAGUACACAAAAAGACGUUAAUGAAUAUGUUCAUAGAUGUCAUAUGAGUGCCACUGUGGGGGCAUCUACCCUAACACGACAGCUAAGCUGUCAAAUAAUAGGAAAACUAGGCAAUGUAUAGCCUAUGAAUAUCUGUACAUAGAAAACAUGACAUACCAUGCCCUAAGCCCAACAGAUAAACACAAAUUACUCUAAUCUUCAUUUUGGUGGCUAGUUAGCAGGUUGUCCAAAUGGCUAGCUAGUUAAAGUGACAGCUGUGGUUGACGCUUUGCAAGCACAGCCCAAAUUUACUGCCACACACAACUUUUCUUGCCUGACAGACUAGCUAGCAUCUUUGGCCAUUUCCAUAUGAAUUACAUCAGUAGAAACAAGACAAAACAACCAACUAGUUAGCUGACUAUAUACAGCUAAACACUGCAACUAAUUUAUUUCCAUGAGACAGAGAGCAAUCAUUCGAGCUCCUGCUCCACUGCUGAUGUGCUCGGCUGUACCAACCAAGUGAUCAUGACAGGACUUGCUAAUAAUCAGAGCUAUUCCCAAAAUUUAACAGAAUCAAACAUUGACAACACCAAACAUAUCUGCUAUUUACUUCUUUCACUCACCUCAACAUCAUCGCUUUCAAAGUGCAAGGAUGUGUCCGAAUCCGUAUAACCAACCAACAUAGAUAAAGCCUCUUCCACAGUGAAUAGUCGUGGAUGUGUUUGCGCCGUCAUUUUGAGUAAUUCAAUGAUUUUUUUUUUUAAAGUCAAAUGACAGCAUACCCUGUUUUCCGGUUUCUGAUUGAUGACAACAGACACACUAAUAUGACAACAGGUUGUUAGCAAGGUCAUUUUGCGUAGUUGAAACAUUGUUAGAAACACAAGGCCCUUCACGGCCGCUAUAGUCAUUUAAAGAAAGGCCAUUGACGGCCGCUAUUGGUUCUAAAGGGAUAAAUGUCCUAAAGCAAAAAUAUACACAAAUAAUACAUUAUCUGAUGAAAUUGCUUUAGAAAAGGGUACAAGACAGGGAUGUCCCCUCUCCCCCCUCCUGUUUGCACUGGGAAUUGAGCCGCUUGCAGAAAGAAAGAACAUUUGUUGUUCCUUGAACACGAGACACUUGCAUUCAGUCUGCAUGGUCAAUGCAGCACAUGCAACAAUGUUGAUGACAAUGAUGCUGUUUUCACUUUGAUUCUUAAUAUCAACACUGUGGCUCUGUCCGACGAUACCCCCGGACAGGGCCAACCAGGCAGGAAAUAACCCCACCCACUUUGCCAAAGCACAGCCCCCACACCACCAGAGGGAUAUCAACAGACCACCAACCUACUACCCUGAGACAAGGCUGAGUAUAGCCCACGAAGAUCUCCUCCACUGCACGAGCCCGAGGGGGCGACAAACCGGACAGGAAUAUCACGUCAGUAAGCCAGUGACAUACCCGUAAUAGGCUCAGAGGCAGAGAAUCCCAAUUGAGAGACGGGAACCGGCCAGGCAGAGACCGCAAGGGCGGUUCGUCACUCCAGUGCCUUUCCAUUCACCUUCGCACCCCUGGGCCAGACUACACUCAAUCAUAGGACCUACUGAAGAGAUAAGUCUUCAGUAAAGAUUAAAGGUCGAGACCGAGUCUGCGUCUCUCAUAUGGAUAGACAGACCAUUCCAUAAAAAUUGAGCUCUAUAGGAGAAAGCCCUGCCUCCAGCUGUUUGCUUAGAAAUUCUAGGGACAAUAAGGAGGCCUGCGUCUUGUGACCGUAGUGUAUGUGUAGGUAUGUAUGGCAGGACCAAAUUGGAGAGCUAGGUAGGAGCAAGCCCAUGUAAUGCUUUGUAGGUUAGCAGUGAAACCUUGAAAAUCAGCCCUAGCCUUAACAGGAAACCAGAGGCUAGCACUGGAGUAAUAUUAUAAUUUUUUUUUUAUUCUAGUCAAGAGUCUAGCAGCUAUGUUUAGCACUACCUGAAGUUUAUUUAGUGCUUUAUCUAGGUAGCCGGAGAGUAGAGCAUUGCAGUAGUCUAAUCUAAAUGUGAUAAAAGCAUGGAUUAGCUUUUCUGCGUCAUCUUUGGACAAACAGUGUCAGAUUUUUGCAAUGUUACGAAGAUGGAAAAAGCUGUCCUUGAAAUUUUCUUGAUAUGUUCGUCAAAAGAGAGAUCAGGGUCCAGCGUAACGCAGAGGUCCUUCACAGUUUUAUUUGAGACGACUGUACAACCAUCAAGAUUAAUUGUCAGAUCCAACAGAAUAUAUCUUUGUUUCUUGGGACCUAGAACUAGCAUCUCUGUUUUGUCCAAGUUUAAAAGUAAAAUAUUUGCCGCCAUCCACUUCCAUAUGUCUGAAACACAGGCUUCCAGGGUAAGCAAUUUUGGGGCUUCACCAUGUUUCAUCGAAUUGUACAGCUGUGUGUCGUCCGCAUAGCAAUGAAAGUUAACAUUGUGUUUCCGAAUGACAUCACCAAGAGGUAAAAUAUAUAAUGAAAACAAUAGUGGUCCUAAAACGGAACCUUGAGGAACACCGUAACUUACAAUUGAUUUGUCAGAGGACAAUCCAUCCACAGAGACUAACUGAUAUCUUUCCGACAGCGUUUCGUAUACAUUAUUUGUCUUCAGGAAGGCAGUGAGUUGCUGCACAACAGCUUUUUCUAAAUUUGAGAGGAAUGGGAGAUUCGAUAUAUAGGCCGAUAACAUUCUAUAGUUACAUUAUUAGUUUGUGUAUCUUACAUCUGCAAACAACUAGUUUGUCUUUUCUAAGCAAGUUGGGCCUAAAUCUUGUUAGCCACUAAUUGUUAGACACUAAUUGUUAGCCGCUAAUGCUGAUCGCUAAUGCUAAUCGCUAAUGCUAAUCGCUAAUGCUAAUCGCUAGCUAGCUAAUAAAUGUACUGAGUUAGAGCAAACAUAAUUAGCCAUACAGCAUGAUAAUACCAGUGAUGGUGUGGGCCUAAAUUAGCAUGUUGUUGGUGAAACAGUAUCUUCUAAAUCAAAGAGGAAUAUGCGAAGUAAGAAUAUGUUAGCUACAUGAAGUAGCUAAGAGAAAACAUUAAAUGUAGCCAAAGAAUAUAGGGUCCCCUAGGAAACACUUAUCAACAUGUUAGUUCCUACCCUGUCAAAAUAAUGCCUCCCUGCCUUUUUCAUUCAUUGUCAUGUCAAACAACACUGUACUAUUAUUUGUUAACUAUAGAAUAGAACAAUCAUUCUACUUCCAUGAUUCCAACAGUUCACCCAAGUGCUUUGCCAUAAAGAAUUGAUGAAAAUGCAGACAUUUUUGGGGUUGAAGUUGAAUUUGUAUUUGUAUUUAUUAUGGAUCCCCAUUUGCUGUUACCAAGGCAGCAGCUACUCUUCCAGGGGUCCAGCAAAAUUAAUAAUAAAUAAUAAUAAUAUGCCAUUUAGCAGACGCUUUUAUCCAAAGCGACUUACAGUCAUGUGUGCAUACAUUUUUACGUAUGGGUGGUCCCGGGGAUCGAACCCACUACCCUGGCGUUACAAGCGCCAUGCUCUACCAAUUGAGCUUCAGGCAGUUAUACAUUUUUAAAAACAUCACAAUACAUUCAGAUUUCACAACAUAUUAAGUGAUUGCCCUCAGGCCCCUACUGUACUACCACAUAUCUACAACCCAAAAUCCAUGUGUACUUGUGUGUAUAGUGCGUAUGUUAGCGUGUGUUUGUAUGCAUGUGUCUGUGCCUAUGUUUGUGUUGCUUCACAGUCCCCGCUGUUCCAUAAGGUGUAUUUUUAUCCGUUUUUUAAAAUCUAAUUUUACUGCUUGCAUGAGUUACUUGAUGUGGAAUAGAGUUCCAUGUAGUCAUGGCUCUAUGUAGUACUGUGCGCUUCCUAUAGUCUGUUCUGGACUUGGGGACUGUGAAGAGACCUCUGGUGGCAUGACUUGUGGGGUAUGCAUAGGUGUCAGAGCUGUGAGCUGCCAGUAGUUCAAACAGACAGCUCGGUGCAUUCAACAUGUCAAUUCCUCUCUCAAAUACAAGUAGUGAUGAAGCCAAUCUCUCCUCCACUUUGAGCCAGGAGAGAUUGACAUGCAUAUUAUUAAUGUUAGCUCUCUGUGUACAUCCAAGGACCAGCCGUUCUGCCCUGUUCUGAGCCAAUUGCAAUUUUCGCUCUUUGUGGCACCUGACCACACGACUGAACAGUAGUCCAGGUGCGACAAAACUAGGGCCUGUAGGACCUGCCUUGUUGAUAGUGCUGUUAAGAAUGCAGAGCAGCGCUUUAUUAUGGACAGACUUCUCCCCAUCCUAGCUAUUGUUGUAUCAAUAUGUUGUGACCAUGACAGUUUACAAUCCAGGGUUACUCCAAGCAGUUUAGUCUCCUCAACUUGCUCAAUUUCCACAUUAUUCAUUACAAGAUUUAGUUGAGGUUUAGGGUUUAGUGAAUGACUUGUCCCAAAUACAAUGCUUUUCGUUUUUGAAAUAUUUAGGACUAACAUUCCUUGCCAGCCAUUCUGAAACUAACUGCAGCUCUUUAAGUGUUGCAGUCCUUUCAGUCACUGUGGUAGCUGACGUGUAUAGUGUUGAGUCAUCUGUAUACAUAGACACACUGGCUUUACGCAAAGCCAGUGGCAUGUCAUUAGUAAAGAUUGAAAAAAAUUAAGGGGCCUAGACAGCUGCCAUGGGUAAUUGCUGAUUCUACCUGGAUUUUGUUGGAGAGGCUAGGGCUGUUGCGGUGACCGUAUUACCGCCACACCGACGGUCACGAGUCAUGAAGGCAGUCAAAUUCCACAAGACCGUCACGGUAAUUAGGCUUCUCCAAGCUCUGAUGCUGCUGAUGGUCAUUAGUAGUCUACCAAACUUUACUAACUGCCUGGUACUCAGCACUCUAUUGUCCCUCUAAUCACUCUGACAUCAAUGCAAAUGUUUUCUAAAAUCAAACACUUCAUGAGAGCCCAUGAGCUCAUGUUGUGCAACAUUUCUAUAGGCUAUGCAAUUCCGGGAGAAAACAGAUUGAUGGCCGUUAAAAAAAAGAGGAGGAUCCCAUCAGCUUUCUAUAGGCUAGGCCUACUAUAUUUAUUUCUCAACUUUCCUAAUAUUAAGCACAUUGCUUAUAUUUACAACAGGAGUAUAGCCUACCUGGCUGGCAUGAAAAUAAACCACGGGGAAAAGCGUCUUCCAUUCGCUAUUUAAGUGCAUAGAUGACAUGUAUUUUUUCCCGUUGCCCCUGUUUUGAUGCAGGUGCAUGAUAAUGGUCCAUUUUAAAUCAAAACAAAUGUCACACAUAUAUUAUUUAGUAUACAGUGAGAUCCCCUGCUGAUUUUGUACGUUUGCCCACUGACAAAGACAUGACCAGUCUAUAAUUUUAAUGGUAGGUUUAUUUGAACAGUGAGAGACAGAAUAACAACAAAAAAAUCCAGAAAAACGCAUGUAAAAAAUGUUAUAAAUUGAUUUGCAUUUUAAUGAGGAAAUAUGUAUUUGACCCCUCUGCAAAACAUGACUUAGUACUUGGUGGCAAAACCCUUGUUGGCAAUCACAGAGGUCAGACGUUUCUUGUAGUUGGCAACCAGGUUUGCACACAUCUCAGGAGGGAUUUUGUCCCACUCCUCUUUGCAGAUCUUCUCCAAGUCAUUAAGUUUUCGAGGCUGACGUUUGGCAACUCGAACCUUCAGCUCCCUCCACAGAUUUUCUAUGGGAUUAAGGUCUGGAGACUGGCUAGGCCACUCCAGGACCUUAAUGUGCUUCUUCUUGAGCCACUCCUUUGUUGCCUUGGCCGUGUGUUUUGGGUCAUUGUCAUGCUGGAAUACCCAUCCACGACCCAUUUUCAAUGCCCUGGUUGAAGGAGGUUCUCACCCAAGAUUUGACGGUACAUGGCGCCGUCCAUCGUCCCUUUUGAUGCGGUGAUGUUGUCCUGUCCCCUUAGCAGAAAAACACCCGCAAAGCAUAAUGUUUCCACCUCCAUGUUUGACGGUGGGGAUGGUGUUCUUGGGGUCAUAGGCAGCAUUCCUCCUCCUCCAAACACGGCGAGUUGAGUUGAUGCCAAAGAGCUCGACUUUGGUCUCAUCUGACCACAACACUUUCACCCAGUUCUCCUCUGAAUCAUUCAGAUGUUCAUUGGCAAACUUCAGACGGGCCUGUAUAUGUGCUUUCUUGAGCAGGGGGACCUUGCGGGCGCUGCAGGAUUUCAGUCCUUCACGGCGUAGUGUGUUACCAAUUGUUUUCUUGGUGACUAUGGUCCUAGCUGCCUUGAGAUCAUUGGCAAGAUCCUCCCAUGUAGUUCUGGACUGAUUCCUCACCGUUCUCAUGAUCAUUGCAACUCCACGAGGUGCGAUCUUGCAUGGAGUCCCAGGCUGAGGGAGAUUGACAGUCCUUUUGUGUUUCUUCCAUUUGCGAAUAAUCGCACCAACUAUUGUCACCUUCUCACCAAACUGCUUGGCGAUGGUCUUUUAGCCCAUUCCAGACCUCUGUAGGUCUACAAUCUUGUCCCUGACAUCCUUGGAGAGCUCUUUGGUCUUGGCCAUGGUGGAGAGUUUGGAAUCUGAUUGAUUGAUUGCUUCUGUGGACAGGUGUCUUUUAUACAGGUAACAAGCUGAGAUUAGGAGCACUCCCUAAUCUCAGCUCGUUACCUGUAUAAAAGACACCUGGGAGCCAGAAAUCUUUCUGAUUGAGAGGGGGUCAAAUACUUAUUUCCCUCAUUAAAAUGCAAAUCAAUUUAUAACAUUUUUGACAUGCGUUUUUCUGGAAUUUUUUGUUGUCUCUCACUGUUCAAAUAAACCUACCAUUAAAAUUAUAGAUUGAUAAUUUCUUUGUCAGUAGGCAAACGUACAAAAUCAGCAGGGGAUCAAAUACUUUUUUCCCUCACUGUAUGUAAAGUCAAUAUUAAAUCAAGAAUAGUCUGAUGGGUGACAAUAUUAGCCUAUCACUUGUGAAUUAUAUAUUAUCACUUGUGAAUAAUGCCCAGCAUAAGAAACAAUGCCUUUUUUUGCAACUUUUUCUAAUCAUAGUCGCACACCUCAUGUAGCCUACCCCAUAGGCCUAUAUGUUUUAAUAAGGUUUGUAUCACAACUAAAGUGGCCAAAUAACUUCUUAAAAUUAAGCACAUUAAUCCGCUUUACAAGGGGUUUAGAGCCUAACUGGCAUAUAUAAGCAGUGCGUGAGUUUCAAGUUUGGGGAAGAUAAUUUUCACCAUAAAAAUGCACCUUUUUUAAUAAAAGCAUUACAUGCAUAAUUGCAUUUGCGGUCACUUUUGAUAAUGGUGUUUUCCGCUAAUGGAACAUUAGCUCUGUAACAAUGACGCUGUGAGUCGAGAAGCAGGUGCAACGUUUAAUAAAACAACAAACGUGGCGAUAUAGCUUGAACACAGGAACAAUACUGACUGAGGACUGUACGUAAGGGAGGGACAGAUAAAAGGGAGGUAAUGAGGAAGGUAAUGGAAUCCAGGUGUGAAUCAUAAUGGACACCAAAAAGAGCCUAGUAGACAGUGAUGAAGAUGGAAUACUCACUCCUGGCCUAAGGGGUGGAAGAUCACGUGACCGUCCCUCUGCUCUUGUGGAUCCCGGAUUCAGACAUGCCGGACACCUCUGGAGCUUGUGCCCUCCUUCGGAUUGCGCAGCACACUCAGGGAGAAGGGCACAACGCAGCAUUCCGGGCCGCAAAAGGCAUGGAUUCUUUAGGGUGCAUUACGGCCACAAAGGAGAUGCCAUUGUGAAAUUCGAGGCAUUAUCAAGUGCUUGUCAAAUUGUGAAUGAGAGACUAUUGGAGUGUGUACAGCCUGCGCAAAAAAAACAAAGCAGAGCUCAUGCCUUAAGAUACUUUUUUCAAAUCAUCAUUAGUCUCAUCAUGCAGCCUUACGAUGCAUAAAAAAUCAAAAGAUAUAGCCCAACGUUUGUAGAACAACUAAAGUUACAUGAAUAACUCUAAAUUUAGCAUAUAGGAGUACCUAUUUCUUUGUUAACCUCUCAACACAGAAUAGCCGCAUGUGCGCACUCCCUCAAAUCGUUUGGAGAAAAUAUGUAUAUUUUUUUCAGCUUUGUUAAGUUGUAUUCUUCAUACUGUGAAAUAAUAUAAAAUAAUGCCAUGGAAUUAUAAGCAAAUCUUGUCUGCUAAAUGAACUAGUGUAGCCCACAGCCAUCUGGCAUACCCACAUCAGGACCUAACAUAAGGACAACUCAGAGUAUGCUAUUAUUUUCUUCUGAAAUAGACAUGCUUCUUUAGACCUGUCUAAAAUAAAUAAUGGAUUUAUUGUGAAGGUGUAGGCUAUAUUACAUGGAUUUAUUCAACUUUUUAAAAUGGCUUGUAGGCUAUGUGUGGAAGCAAGGAGAUGCACUACCCUCUGUAGGAGGCCGAGCAGUUGCCAUACCAGGCGGUGAUGCAACCAGUCAGGAUGCUCUCGAUGGUGCAGCUGUAGAACUUUUUGAGGAUCUGAGGACCCAUGCCAAAUCUUUUGAGUCUCCUGAGGGGGAAUAGGCUUUGUCGUGCCCUCUUCACGACUGUCUUGGUGUGUUUGGACCAUGAUAGUUUGUUGGUGAUGUGGACACCAAGGAACUUGAAGCUCUCAACCUGUUCCACUACAGCCUCGUCGAUGAGAAUGGGGGCGUGCGCAGUCCACUUUAUUUUCCUGUAGUCCACAAUCAUCUCCUUUGUCUUGAUCACGUUGAGGGAGAGGUUGUUAUCCUGGCACCACACGACCAGGUCUCUGACCUCCUCCUUAUAGGCUGUCUCAUCGUUGUUGGUGAUCAGGCCUACCACUGUUGUGUCGUAGGCAAACUUAAUGAUGGUGUUGGAGUCAUGCCUGGCCAUGCAGUCAUGAGUGAACAGGGAGUACAGGAGGGGACUGAGCACGCACCCCAGAGGGGCCCCCGUGUUGAGGAUCAGCGUGGCAGAUGUGUUGUUACCUACCCUUCUCUCAGCCAAUCAUCAGUGCUGUGCUUGUUGAAUAUCCUUCCCUAUAAGCGUGCUGAAAGUCUGUUGUCAAGUUGUUUACUGUAAAAUAGCAUUGUAUCUGGUCAAACACAAUUUUUCCAAAUGUUUACUAUGGGUUGGUAACAGGCUGAUUGGUCAGUUAUUUGAGCCAGUAAAGGGGGCUUUACUAAUCUUAGGUAGGGGAAUUACUUUUGCUUCCCUCCAGGCCUGAGGGCACACACUUUCUAGUAGGCUUAAAUUGAAGAUAUGGCAAAUAGGAGUGGCAAUAUCGUCCGCCAUUAUCCUCAGUAAUUUUCCAUCCAAGUUGUCAGAUCCUGGUGGCUUGUCAUUGUUGAUAGACAACAAUACUUUUUUCACCUCUUCCAAACUUACUUUACGGAAUUCAAAAUUACAAUGCUUGUCUUUCAUAAUUUGGUCAGAUACAGUGCAUUUGGAAAGUAUUCAGACCCGUUGACUUUUUCCACAUUUUGUUACGUUACAGCCUUAUGCUAAAAUUGAUUAUACCCCCCCCCCCCCCCCCAUUAAUCUACACACAAUACCACAUAAUGACAAAGCAAAUCAGGUUUUUAGAAAAAUGAAAAAAUGAAAUUUACAUAAGUAUUCAGACCCUUUACUCAGUACUUUGUUGAAGCACCUUUGGCAGUGAUUACAGCCUCAAGUAUUCUUGGGUAUGACGCUACAAGCUUGGCACCCCUGUAUUUGGGGGGUUUCUCUCAUUCUUCUCUGCAGAUCCUCUCAAGCUCUGUCAGUUUGGAUGGGAAGCGUCGCUGCGCAACUAUUUUCAGGUCUCUCCAGAGAUGUUCGAUCGGGUUCAAGUCCAGGCUCGGGCUCGGCCACUCAAGGACAUUCAGAGACUUGUCGAGAUGCCACUCCUGUGUUGUCCUGACUGUGUGCUUAGGGUCGUUGUCCUCUUGGAAGGUGAACCUUCGCCCCAGUCUGAGGUCCUGAGCGCUCUGGAGCAGGUUUUCAUCAAGGAUCUCUCUGUACUUUGCUCCUUUCAUCUCUCCCUCGAUCCUGACUAGUCUCCUAGUCCCUGCCGCUGAAAAACAUCCCAACAGCAUUAUGCUGCCACCACCAUGUUUCACCGUAGGGAUGGUGCCAGGUCCAGGAUUCCUCCAGAUGUGACGCUUGGCAUUCAGGCCAAAGAGUUCAAUCUUGGUUUCAUCAAAACAGAGAAUCUUGUUUCUCAUGGUCUGAGAGUCCUUUAGGUACCUUUUGGCAAACUCCAAGUGGGCUGUCAUGUGCCUUUUACUGAGGAGUGGCUUACGUAUGGCCACUCUACCAUAAAGGCCUGAUUUGGUGGAGUGCUGCAGAGAUGGUUGUUCUUCUGGAAGGUUCUCCCAUCUCCACUGAGGAACUCUGGAGCUCUGUCAGAGUGACCAUCAGGUUCUUGGUCACCUCCAUGAUCAAGGCCCUUCUCCCCCGAUUGCUCAGUUUGGCCGGGGCGGACAGCUCUAGAAAGAGUUUUGGUGGUUCCAAACUUCUUCCAUUUAAGAAUGAUGGAGGGAACUGUGUUCUUGGGGACCUUCAAUGCUGCAGAAAUUUUUUGGAACCCUUCCCUAGAUCUGUGCCUCGACACAAUCCUGUCUCGGAGCUCUACGGACAAUUCCUUCGACCUCAUGGUUUGUUUUUUGAGCUGACAUGGACUGUCAACUGUUGGACCUUAUAUAGAUAGGUGUGUACCUUUCCAAAUCAUGUCCAAUCAAAUAAAUUUACCACAGGUGGACUCCAAUCAACUUGCAGAAACAUCUCAAGGAUGAUCAAUGGAAACAGGAUGCACUUGAGCUCAAUUUCGAGUCUCAUAGCAAAGGGUCUGAAUACGUAUGCAAAUAAGGUAUCUGUUUUUUAAUUUGAAUACAUUUGCAAAAAUUCUAAAAACCUGUUUUCGCUUUGUGAUUAUGGGGUAUUGUGUGUAGAUUGAUGAGAUUUAUAUUUUAUUUUUUAAACAAUUUUAGAAUAAGGCUGUAAUGUAACAAAAUGUGGAAAAAAUCAAGGGGUCUGAAUACUUUCAGAAUGCUCUGUAUACUUGAAUGUGUAGUGUCAGAGUUUGUUGCUGGCAUGUCAUGCCUAAAUUUGUUAAUCUUGCCAACGAAAAAAAUCAUUAAAGUAGUUGGCAAUAUCAGUGGAGCUUUGUGAUGAAUUAUCCAUCUGGUUCAAUGAAUGAUGGAGCGGAGUUUGCCUUUUUGCCCAAAAUUUCAUUUAAGGUGCUCCAAAGCUUUUUACUUUCAAUCUGUAUGUCAUUUAUUUUUGUUUCAUUGUGUAGUUUCUUCUUCUUUUUAUUCAGUUUAGUCACAUGAUUUCUUAAUUUGCAGUAUGUUUGCCAAUCGGUUGUACAGCCAGACCUAUUUGCCAUUUAUUUUGCCUCAUCCUUCUCAACCAUACAGUUUUUAAAUUCCUCAUCAAUCCACAGGGAUUUAACAGUUUUUACAGUCAUUUUCUUAGUGGGUGCAUGCUUAUUAGUAACUGGGAUAAGCAAUUUCAAAAAUGUGUCAAGUGCAGCGUCUGGUUGCUCGUCAUUACACACCACACACCAACAAAUAUUCUUUACAUCAACAACAUAGGAAUCACUACAAAACUUAUUGUAUGACCUCUUAUACACUAUAUUAGGCCCAGCCUUUGGAACUUUGGUUUUCCUAGAUAUGGCUACUAUAUUGUGAUCACUACCUCCGAUGGAUUUGGAUACUGCUUUCAAACAUAUUUCUGCAGCAUUAGUAAAGAAUGUGAUCAAUACAUCUUGAUUAUUUCAUUCCUGUGCUGUUUGUAACUACCCUGGUAGGUUGAUUGAUAACCUGAACCAGGUUGCAGGCACUAGUUACAGUUUGAAGCUUUCUCUUGAGGUGGCAGCCUGAUGAAAGCCAGUCAAUAUUUAAAAUCACCCAGAAAAUACACCUCUCUAUUGAUAUCACAUACAUUAUCAAGCAUUUCACACGUUAUCCAGAUACUGACUGUUAUCACUUGGUGGUCUAUAGCAGCUUCCCACCCGAAUUGGCAUUAGGUGAGGCAGAUUAACCAUAUUACUACAACAGUAUUUAACAUGAGAUCCUCUGUAAGCUUUACAGGAAUGUGGUUCUGAAUUUUAAAAACAGCCACACGUCCUCCUUUGGCAUUUCUGUAUUUUCUGUAGAUCUUAUAACCAUGUAUUGCUACCACUGUAUCAACAAAGGUAUUAUCUAAGUGAGUUUCAGAUAUUGUCAGAAUGUGAAUGGCAUCUGUUACUAGCAAAUUAUUGAUUUCGUGAACCUUGUUUCUUAAGCUAUAUAUGUUAACGUGGGCUAUUUUUAACACUUUUCUGAGAUGCUUGAUUGUUUUUCUUGCUUUACUGGGAAGCUUAGCAGAGGUAGACAUGCACGAGUCAUUUAUGUUAGUGCAGGGUGAACUGCACACAGUGGACUUCCUGCUAGGGCACACCACCUCAGUGCUAACAGUAUAACUAUGUUUCAUAGGCAUAUGAUUACUGCAUACAAUAGCUGUAGGAUCAGUAGAGGCAUUCAGGGCAGUAAGAGGGACAUCAAUUAGGUUACUUCAAUUGUCUUCCAACGCCCCUAAGAUAAUGUACAUUUGCUGAAGCAUUAUGACAACUCAGCGACACAAUGGUAGGGAUUAAAUGAGCUGGACUUGUGUCGUUGAUAAGUCAUUGUCUCAACGCAGCCUUAUAAUGCUGUGAAAUAAUCCAGGGACCCAAAUGAUUUGGGUGGAUCCCAUCCUCCUUAUAAUACGAGCUUUGUUUCCAGAAGGUAUCAAAAUUGUCAAUAAAUGUUACACCCACAGAGCUGCAAUAGUCUCGUAGCCAGUUAUGGACUAAAAGUCUGCUGAACUGUUCAAUGCCACGAUUUAGGGAGGGCAGAGGGCCCAAUUAUUAUGGGGCGUUUGUUGGUGUCAAGUCGUGACCCAAUCAGUUCUUUAAAAUCCAUCUUCAGCUGUUCUGAGCUGCCCUUCAUAAUUUAAUUUGACCCCACAUGAACCAUGACAGUAUCAGCCCCCGGUGACUGACGCACAGCCUUGGGAAGCAACCUGGUGAUAUCCUGAACAUUUGCCCCAGGAAAACACAAAGUCUUUGCCCCAGGUGCAGAUAUAUGUCUCACCAUCAAACACCCUAUCACAAUCGCCGGAAUUAUCCGGCCUCUGCCGUGUCUCGAAGCAGAUUGUGAGGCCAGAGCCACAGAACUCACCUGAUAAGAGGGCUACUGAGACGCCGGCUGCGUGCAGGCCACAACUGCCAAAGGGACAGAGCUCUGAUCCAGAGAGCACGGCCCAGCAGAGGGUGGCCGCGGUGGUCCAGGCUGUGCCCAGGCAGUUGACUGACUAGGACAGGGAGAGGUAGCUGGAGGGGCAUCCACAGCCAUGGAGGGAACACCCAAGUCCCUUUUAUUUAUUCAAAAACAUAAAAUACCGUCAAAUAUCGUCAUACUGUCCAUUUGUCUUUUAAAUACUGUGAUAUUAUAUUUUGGCCAUAUCGCCCAGCCCUACUCAGUCCUCAGAAACAUCUGGGAGACAAGCCUCCCUAACACUGUACUGAACACAACUGAACCUGAACAGACAGACAGACAGACUGGGCUGCCUGCUUACCACACCUGCUGGCUUAUUGAUCACCAGUUUACAUAUACAGUGGGUAUCAUUAGUAUUCACCCCCCUUGGAUUUUUUCACAUUUUGUUGCGUUACAAAGUGGGAUUGAAAAUGAUUUGUGAAUUUUUUCAUUGAUUUACACAACACAAUCCAUAAUGUCAAAGUGAAAAGAAAAUUCUACAAAUGUUUACAAAUUAAUCAAAAUUAAUUAACUAAAAUAUAGUUGUUGCAUAAGUAUUCACUCCCUUUAUUUAAGCAAGUCUAAAUUUGUUCAGGAGUAAAAUUUGGCAUAACAAAUAAUACAGUGCAUUCGGAAAGUAUUCAGACCCCUUCACCUUUUCCAGAUUUUGUUACGUUACAGCCUUAUUGGAAAAUUGAUUAAAUAAAAAAAUGUCCUCAUCAAUCUACACACAAUACCCCAUAAUGACAAAAUGAAAACAGGUUUUUAGAAUGUUUUGCAAAUUAAUACAAAUAACAAACAGAAAUACCUUAUUUACAUAAGUAUUCAAACCCUUUGCUGUGAGACUCGAAAUUGAGCUCAGGUGCAUCCGGUUUCUAUUUAUCAUCCUUGAGAUGUUUCUACAACUUGAUUUGAGUCCACCUGUGCUACACUCAAUUGAUUGGACAUGAUUUUGGAAGGCACACACCUGUCUAUAUAAGGCCCCACAGUUGAUAGUGCAUGUCAGAGCAAAAACUAAGCCAUGAGGUCGAAGGAAUUGUCCGUAGAGCUCAGAGACAGGAUUGUGUCAAGGCACAGAUCUAGAGAAGGUUACCAAAAAAUGUCUGCAGCAUUGAAGGUCCCCAAGAACACAGUGGACGCCAUCAUUCUUAAAUGGAAGAAGUUUGGAACCACCAAGACUCUUUCUAGAGCUGUCCGCCCAGCCAAACGGAGCAAUCGGGGGAGAAAGGCCUUGAUCAUGGAGGUGACCAAGAAACUGAUGGUCACUCUGUCAGAGCUCCAGAGUUCCUCAGUGGAGAUGGGAGAACCUUCCAGAAGGACAACCAUCUCUGCAGCACUCCACCAAUCAGGCCUUUAUGAUGUGGAGUGGCCAGACGGAAGCCACUCCUCAGUAAAAGGCACAUGACAGCCCGCUUGGAGUUUGCCAAAAGGCACCUAAAGGAAUCUCAGACCAUGAGAAACAAGAUUCUCUGUUUUGAUGAAAUCAAGAUUGAGCUCUUUGGCCUGAAUGCCAAGCGUCACAUCUGGAGGAAACCUGGCACCAUCCCUACGGUGAAACAGGGGGUGGCAGCAUCUUGCUGUGGUGAAGGUCCACCUUCCAACAGGACAACGACCCUAAGCACACAGCCAAGACAACGCAGGAGUGGCUUCGGGACAAGUCUCUGAAUGUCCUUCAGUGGCCCAGCCAGAGCCCGGACUUGAACCCGAUCUAACAUCUCUGGAGAGACAUGAAAAUAGCUGUGCAGCGACACUCCCCAUCCUAACUGACAGAGCUUGAGAGGAUCUGCAGAGAAGAAUGGGAGAAACCCCCCAAAUACAGGUGUGCCAAGCUUGUAGCGUCAUACCCAAGAAGACUCAAGGCUGUAAUCGCUGCCAAAUGUGCUUCAACAAAGUAAUGAGUAAAGGGUCUGAAUACAUAUGUAAAUGUUAUAUUUCCGUUUUUGCAAAGAUAUAUAAAAACCUAUUUUUGUUUUGUCAUUAUGUGGUUUUGUGUGUAGACUGAUGAGGAAAAAAACACAAUUGAAUCCAUUUUAAAAUAAGGCUGUAACGUAACAAAAUGUGGAAUAAGUCAAGGGGUCUGAAUAAUUUCCGAAUGCACUGUAUGUUACAUGAACUCACUAUGUUUGGAAUAAUAGGUGUUGACAUGAUUUUUGAAUGACUACUCCUUCCUCUGUCCCCCAUACAUACUGUCCAACAUCUGUAAGGUACCUCUGUCAAGUCUUGAAUUUCAAAGACAGAUUAAACUACAAAAGCCUUUUCAAAAGCCUCAAAGAAGGGCAGUGAUUGGUAGAUGAGUAACAAUAAAUCAGACAUUGAAUAUCUCUUUAAGCGUUUAAUAAUAAUUUAAUAAUUAUGCUGUGGAUGAUGGAUUAAACCACCCAGACACAUCAAAGACAGUCGUACUUCUGAACUGAGCUGCAGGACAGAAAUGAAACUGCUGUCUCCAUGAAGCCAAUGGUGAUUUUAAAGCAGCUACAGAGUUCAAUGGCUGUGAUGGGAGCAAACUAGGGAUGGGUCAACAACAUUGUAAUGACUCCACAGUAAUGGCCUAAAUAACAGAGUGAAAAGAAGAAUAAAAAUAAACAGAAUAAAAAAUAUUCCAAAACAUGCAUCCUGUAUGCAUCACGCCAAAGGAAUACACUUUUGGGCCUAAAUGCAAAGCCUUAUGUUUUGGGCAAAUCCAACACAACAUAUCACUGAGUAACUGCUGCCUUAUUGUCAAGCAUGGUAGUGGCUGCAUCAUGAUAACGGGUAUGCUUGACAUCGGCAAAGACUGGGGAGUUUUUCAAGAUAAAAGGAAACGGGAUGGGGCUAAGCACAGGCAAAAUCCUAGAGGAAAACCUGCUUCAGUCUGCAUUACACCAAACACUGGGAGAGGAAUUCACCUUUCAGCCGGACAAUAACCUACAACACAAGGCCAAAUCAACACGAGUUCCUUACCAAGAAGACAAUGAUUGUUCCUGAGUUGCCAAGUUACAGUUUUGGCUUAGAUCUGCUUGAAAAUCUAUGGCAAGACUUGAAAAUUGUUGUCUAGCCGUGAUCCUCAACACCUUGACAAAGCUUGAAUUUUGAAAAGAAUAAUGUGAAAAUAUUGCACAAUCAAGGUGUGCAAAGCUCUUAGAGACUUACCCAAGAAGACUCCAAGGUGCCAAAGGUGUUUCAAAGAUGUAUUGACUCAGGGGGUGAAUACUUAAAGGUAUAUUAGUGUUUCAUGAAUCUUAAAAAAAUAAAAAAAUAAAAAUGUCUUCCACUUUGACAUUACAGAUUAUUUUGUGUAGAUCGUUGACAAAAAAUGGCAAUUCAAUCCAUUUAGUUCUACUUUGUAACACAAUAAGAAGUGAAUAAAUCCAAGGGGGGGUGAAUACUUAUUAUAAACACUGUGGGAGUGAAUGAGAUGUAACACUUGAAUUUAGACAAAGGAUGAGAAUCGGAGGAGCUCAAGGGUCUCCCUCUAUCACUUUUUAAAAGCCUAUUUUCCCUUUCUUUAGUGUUUGGUCAUUAACCCUUCCCCAGGUUGCUAAUUUACAAUGUUUAUUUUAUUUGCCGUGAGUUGACCCUUUCCAUCCCAUCCUAUAAAAGCAGAGAGGGCGCACUUUAACUUUACAGCCAGUUAAAUUUCACUUUGAUGUUUUCUCUGGGUUUGACUGGGUUUAAAUGGUCGACCUUCACUAACUGAAGAGGUCUGCUGCUUACCACAGACAAACCUUAGGAGAGUGAAAAAGAACAAUACUGAAUAUAUAUAUUAUUAUUAUUAUUAUAUUUUAUGCGUGUAUGAGGGAGGAAUAUUUUGAAGAACUAUUGAGACAUUAUCCCUACUAGGGUUGAAUAUUUUCCCAGUAUUUUACAAAUAUUUCAUCCGGAGAAUAAAUCCAUUUUCUCCCGGGUAACCCGGUAUUUCCUGCCAAAACCAGAAGUGUCAUUCAAAAGCAUUAUAAAGCAUAUACAUGUCUGGAUUUUAUUAGAGCUUUGAUCAGCAUGAAAAUUCAAACCUGAUGCUACCUGAGCCUGAUGAGACAUUUUAUGAGCCCUACAUUGACGACAUUUAAUGGAGCCCAAGCCCAAAAAAGCCCAAAUGAUUGUGCCGUUAUCCAAUAGAUACAGUGGGGAGAACAAGUAUUUGAUACACUGCCGAUUUUGCAGGUUUUCCUACUUACAAAGCAUGUAGAGGUCUGUAAUUUUUAUCAUAUGUACACUUCAACUGUGAGAGACGGAAUCUAAAACAAAAAUCCAGAAAAUCACAUUGUAUGAUUUUUAAGUAAUUAAUUUGCAUUUUAUUGCAUGACAUAAGUAUUUGAUACAUCAGAAAAGCAGAACUUAAUAUUUGGUACAGAAACCUUUGUUUGCAAUUACAGAGAUCAUACGUUUCCUGUAGGUCUUGACCAGGUUUGCACACACUGCAGCAGGGAUUUUGGCCCACUCCUCCAUACAGACCUUCUCCAGAUCCUUCAGGUUUCGGGGCUGUCGCUGGGCAAUACGGACUUUCAGCUCCCUCCAAAGAUUUUCUAUUGGGUUCAAGUCUGGAGACUGGCUAGGCCACUCCAGGACCUUGAGAUGCUUCUUACGGAGCCACUCCUUAGUUGCCCUGGCUGUGUGUUUCGGGUCGUUGUCAUGCUGGAAGACCCAGCCACAACCCAUCUUCAAUGCUCUUACUGAGGGAAGGAGGUUGUUGGCCAAGAUCUCGCGAUACAUGGCCCCAUCCAUCCUCCCCUCAAUACGGUGCAGUCGUCCUGUCCCCUUUGCAGAAAAGCAUCCCCAAAGAAUGACGUUUCCACCUCCAUGCUUCACGGUUGGGAUGGUGUUCUUGGGGUUGUACUCAUCCUUCUUCUUCCUCCAAACACGGCGAGUGGAGUUUAGACCAAAAAGCUAUAUUUUUCUCUCAUCAGACCACAUGACCUUCUCCCAUUCCUCUUCUGGAUCAUCCAGAUGGUCAUUGGCAAACUUCAGACGGGCCUGGACAUGCACUGGCUUGAGCAGGGGGACCUUGCGUAGUGUGUUAUUAAUGGUUUUCUUUGAGACUGUGGUCCCAGCUCUCUUCAGGUCAUUGACCAUGUCCUGCCGUGUAGUUCUGGGCUGAUCCCUCACCUUCCUCAUGAUCAUUGAUGCCCCACUAGGUGAGAUCUUGCAUGGAGCCCCAGACCGAGGGUGAUUGACCGUCAUCUUGAACUUCUUCCAUUUUCAAAUAAUUGCGCCAACAGUUGUUGCCUUCUCACCAAGCUGCUUGCCUAUUGUCCUGUAGCCCAUCCCAGCCUUGUGCAGGUCUACAAUUCUAUCCCUGAUGUCCUUACACAGCUCUCUGGUCUUGGCCAUUGUGGAGAGGUUGGAUUCUGUUUGAUUGAGUGUGUACAGGUGUCUUUUAUACAGGUAACGAGUUCAAACAGGUGCAGUUAAUACAGGUAAUGAGUGGAGAACAGGAGUGCUUCUUAAAGAAAAAAACAGGUCUGUGAGAGCCGGAAUUCUUACUGGUUGGUAGGUGAUCAAAUACUUAUGUCAUACAAUAAAAUGCAAAUUAAUUACUUAAAAAUCAUACAAUGUGAUUUUCUGGAUUUUUGUUUUAGAUUCCGUCUCUCACAGUUGAAGUGUACCUAUGAUAAAAAUGACAGACCUCUACAUGCUUUGUAAGUAGGAAAACCUGCAAAAUUGGCAGUGUAUCAAAUACUUGUUCUCCCCACUGUAUAUGAUAUAGGCACAUUACGCACAAACAUAAAAGCCCAUAGAUGUAGCUAGCUACAUGCUCUCUUCGGUAAAUAAAUACAACUAGCCAGUAGGCUAAUCUUUUUUAGUGUGAACUGUAUUACUGUAGUGUAUUGUAUUAUACUGUAUUAUAUGGACUAGAAUUACGCACAUCAUUCAUUCCAUGAUAAAGCAGAAGAGAACAUACGAUUCUGGUUCAGCACAUGUUGAAAUACAGUAGGGCCUAUUUAUAUAAUUAGUAGUCUGACACAUAUAUACCUUUCAUAAUAUCUCCCUUAAUGUUAUUAGUCUACCUCCUCUUUCUCUCUCUAUUGUUGCGUAAUUUCUUCCUCGCUUUCAACAGUUAAGUGAAAUUCACUUAGCUGUCCAUCAUUCUAAUGACAUCCUUGAAUAAUAUAGGACUAUAAUUAGAUGCAGAAGGCUUUCACCUCUCUUCACGAAGAUUGAAUGGUUAAGGGUCUGAAUAAAUAACUGCUAUAGCCUACCGCCAUCGCGCAUUUGCUCUUCUUUCAAACUACCCGUGAGUUCUAUUGGCUGCUGUAUUUAACAUUCAGCAAAAAAGAGCUUGCGUCCCUCUUCGAAUAGUCUAUUGCUAUAAGAAAUGUCCAGCAAGCUAGUUUAGUCUAGCAUGGGACUCCAAGCGCUAAGAAGCGUUUUUUAAGGAGAGGCCAGCUGCGCACAGGCGCUUGUGUAUUGCUCAAGAGACAGAGGCUAUAAGUUAGAAGCUUAUUGUACAUAACCCAUAACUAAUUAGCUAAAUAUAAGGUGAAUACUGCAUUGAAUGUAUUACCUGAAAGAGCUAGGACAUCUAUAUAUAGGGCUAUAUCUCAAUCUAGAACAGGAUGAUCUAUUGUAGAUGCAAUUUCAAUGGAGUUCAUGGAUAGAGAGAAAGACAGAGUGCUUGCGUGUGCACUGAUUUAAAGCAACGAUAUUCGAGUGAUAGGCUGUUUUAAAAUUCUGCAGCUGCAAUACAAAAUAAAAAAAUAUUUACAAUGAAAAAACAAGGUGAUCCCCGAAAGCCAGAUGGAGAUGGGUAAAUUAGAUGCGCAUUCGGUAUCUAUAUUACUGUAGCAUAGACUAUGCUGCAGCAAAUGUAGGCCUACCUGCAGUGGCAAUCCGUCAUUCAAGGCAAGUGAGAGCCCCACCUGUUUUGAGCCCCACAUUUAUUUGCAAAAAAAUAAAUAAUAAAAACGUUUUUUGGGGGGGGUGCCUGUUUUGCAUGUUAUUUUGGCAUUAAUACGUGUCACAUAUCAGUUUGCAAAUAAUAAUAAAAAAUCAUUAAAAAAAUCAUUGAGUUAAUAAAGCUGCAUACAAACAAGGUCUAUUUUUUGCUUUCUUGAGUAAGGCAGCCAGUGGAAAAUAUGACGCGUAGGAGUUGGUAAUGUUCUCUAGUUGCGCCAUGAUUGGCUCAGUGUUCUGUCACUCAUGGGGACACUACGUCAACGCCAAAUCUAAGGGUAGAGCUCAAAAGUUCAAGCCCCUUGGGUGCUGCCAUAGAGUUACAUUAGAAGUGCCCAUCCAAGAAGGCUCAAGGUCAUUGGCCACAGAUAAAAUGACGUCAAAUCACGUUAUAUCUACAGUAGCUUUGAUUGGACCGAUCAUGUCAACAUCCUACUUUCAAAAUCUUAGCUAGCAGUCAUCAUCAUGAAUCAAGUCGACAAUCUACUGGCAAAUCUUUUUUAAUCCUUGUCAUAUGAAGAGAAAUAAUGAAGAGAAAUUAUAGAUAAAACGUAUCAGUGCUCAUCAGCCAUUGGACAUAAACAUUACACAACAAGUUGGAAAUCGCAAAUUCAACAAUGAGUGGUUUGGAAGGGAUCAGUGGCUAACUGGAAGCAUUGCAAACCAAUCACUAGCCUGCUAUUCAGUGGAGUGGGUUUGUGGUCCCAAGUCUUUGUUUAAGGGUCUCUUUUCCAAGCUUAAAAUGAUAAACAUUCACCAUUGGCCAUGCUGUCAAUCCUGCAUGAUUUCUGCUGUGCUCAAAACAACUUAACUUGGAACUGGGAAAUUUGACUUCAGUGAGUUCAAGACAACUGGGAACUCUGAAAAAACGAGCUCCGACUAGGAAAAUACGUUUUGAACGGUUAUCCAACUUGGAAUUGUAUGUCGGGAACUCGGGCCUCUUUCUAGAGCUCCGACCUGAAGAUCACUGACGUCAUCAUGAUUCAACCUUGUUUUUUUCCGAGUUCCCAGUUAUCUUGAAAGCACCAUAAAUCCAGAGAAUGCCAGACUUUCCUGUGCAAGUGACCACAACACAAGGUGAGUCCAAAAACGUAUUGUAUGCUGCUUCAUAAAUGAUGUAAUAUGCCAGGGAGAUAUGUAUACUGUAGCUAAGAAAGUAAUACUAAGUGUAUGUUGUGUAGUAAGCUGUUAGUAGCCCAUGUGCCUCACCCUAAUAAUUUGGUCUAUUUUCCCCUCUUUAUUUCGCCUACUGUUCUGACUUGGUGGUGCACACGUAGCCUAUAACCUGUUUUAGAGAAAUAUAAUAAUAUAAUAUUGUAAGAGCUUUCAUUGUCUGCUUAUAUGCCCCCUUUAUUUAUCCUACGGUUCUGACUUGGUGUACAGGGAGAAUACUGUAAGAACGGCCCAUGUUCUGAAUUCUGUCGCUGUACAUUUAAAAAGUGCUGAACAAAUAGUUAUAUUGACUACGUCUGUCUUAGCUCACUCAUUAAUGUCUUAAUCGAAAUUACGGAUUGCAUCUUAUCCCCUUUUGCCAUUGUUUGUACAUCUCAAUUGUCAGUAGAAACCACAUUUGUUUAAGCAAGUCAGCCAUAUCAGCUAUGUUUUUUUAAAAGGCAGUAAAUGAGGCUGAAUGAACUGUUUCACUGCCAGACAAGGCUCCGCUGAUAGCCAGGUGUAGCAGUGGUAAGGUGUUGGGACUGCUGUUGGGACUCUGCUGUUGGGACAGCUUUAGGCCCAAACAGUUUGUGGGCACCGUUAUAGUGCAAUUCAUGUAUGGUUUAGUGUUGUGUUGUGUAGUGGCUUUGCUGGCAUGCAUCCCAAAUAAUUUUUUGUUUGUUUGCCCCACCAAGAUUUACAUGCUAAAAUCGCCACUGCCUACCGGUCACAAGAAAAAAAGUUACCAUGAUGAGAUGACAUGUCUACACAUGCAUUGUGAACUGCGCUCCAUACUGAGAUGGGCUGUCUGUCCCCACCCUGAGUGUUGAUUCAUCAUGCAGAGGCCGUAGAGAAGCCAGAUUUAGACAUUGCAUAUAAUUUAUCAGUUCCAUUUCACUCCAUGCUGUUCAUAUACAUUUAUUAUACAUUUACUGGUUUCUCGCAAUUACUUAUCCAGGGAAAAGGGAGUGUUUUUUUUAUGGCGGAUUCCCGCCAUUCAACACUAAUCCCUACCCCUCUCUCUCUCUCUCUGUUUCUCUCUCACACACGUGUACACACAUACGCAGACACACACUUCUGUCGACGCACAAAAUUGGAGACAAGACAAUGGAAUCUUGGCUGCUCCCAGCAGAAAAAAGUGUGUAGGCUUUGUUCUCCAAAACAGGUUGGAGCAGAGCCAGACAACACAGCAGGCAGGAAUACUGGGAAUAGAAUAUAUGUUUUGUUGGUGAGGACUUGGCGAGUUUAGCCUACCAGGAGUAUAAAUCUCAGAGCUUGUGGAACUGAGAGACACACAGAGCCAAUCAGGAUAUGGGGCUGCCUUUCUAAAGGGCACAAUGGCAGGCUGCCUUUAGAAAAGAAAUAAAGAACGAGAGGAUGCCAUGUUGGCCACUACAGCGAUAUGAGGUCAAUUGUGCUGUUCUAUUACACUGUUUUGACAAUUUUGUGCUGAUUUGAAUUUGGGUGAGGGCUGAUCUGAGUCAAGGUGCAGACCAGCGCCAGGGACCAGGGGUGUUAUGAAUGUUAUCAUGGCAGACAGGGAUGACUAGCCAGAGGUCUGCUAGGAAAAGAAACAAUACAUGUAGCAGACACUUAGCAGUGACGGAGAGGGUUAGCUAAGUAUUCUGUCAUCUGACCAACUCUGACCCACAUAACUCUUCCCACUGAGACUAUUUCUCCACGCGUGCACCCUGCUCAUUAGAGGGCAUCUACUCUCUCAUUUUCUUUUUCCAAAUGUUUCAAAACAUUAUGCUAAAGUAUGACCGACUGAACAGGACCCAGUUUUAGGGGCACGCCAUACCCAGUAAAUGCAAACAGAGUCUGACAGACCUCACUGUUCUUCUACCUAGACCUCGACCAUAACCCUUCAGCUUAUUCAUUCCCACAUUUGUUUGUUUAUUGUCAAGACCAUAUCACACUCAUGCAGGAAAUCAUGGACCUUGAAAAACUCAAAUUUCCUCUCAUAUUGUUUUCCUCUCCCCCAUAUUUCCUCUCUCUCCCCUACAGCUAAAGACAAAGACUCUGAGCUGACCCUAAACACUGACUCCCCUGUGAUAGAGGGUUCCUAUCUGAACCUGAAGGAACCAGGGUCAGGGGUCAAGGGUCAGGGUCAGUCCGACCCUGGCUUGGACCACCUCUCCAGUCCCAUGGACAAGGGGAGCGAGGCUGCGGAAAGCAACAAGGGGAAGAAGAGGCGUAACCGCACUACCUUCACCUCGUAUCAGUUGGAGGAGUUGGAGAAGGUGUUUCAGAAGACUCACUACCCUGAUGUCUAUGUCAGAGAACAACUGGCGUUGAGGACCGACCUGACAGAGGCACGAGUACAGGUGAGGAGAUUUCGGAGCUUUGACCUCUGA